AUGAGUUGCAAAGUUGUAUUAACGAAGUUACUUUUGUGUUUUUGUUGUGUAUCGGGAGUGUGGGGACGGUCGUGGGCGAACCAUCACGACACCACAACGUCGACGACUCAAACUACACCUACGACUAGCCCUGCGCCAAAGAAUUUUCACAAUGACCCUCUUAUUGUCGAGACAAAGAGUGGUCUAGUCAAGGGCUAUGCUAAGACGGUGAUGGGCCGUGAAGUGCACAUUUUUACUGGGAUACCAUUUGCAAAACCUCCUCUAGGGCCAUUGAGGUUCCGAAAACCUGUGCCAAUUGAUCCCUGGCAUGGUGUUCUUGAAGCUACGGCAAUGCCCAAUAGUUGUUAUCAAGAAAGAUAUGAAUAUUUCCCUGGAUUCGAGGGAGAGGAAAUGUGGAAUCCUAACACUAACAUUUCCGAAGACUGUCUUUAUCUGAAUAUAUGGGUGCCACAGCAUUUAAGAGUUCGUCAUCAUCAAGAUAAACCUCUUGCAGAAAGGCCUAAAGUGCCUAUACUAGUAUGGAUUUACGGAGGAGGGUAUAUGAGUGGAACGGCUACACUUGACCUGUAUAAAGCAGAUAUAAUGGCCUCAUCAAGUGAUGUUAUAGUAGCAUCGAUGCAGUAUAGGGUUGGUGCAUUUGGUUUUUUGUAUUUAAAUAAAUAUUUUUCACCUGGAAGUGAAGAAGCUCCAGGAAAUAUGGGCUUAUGGGACCAGCAACUGGCGAUACGUUGGAUAAAAGAUAAUGCUCGUGCGUUUGGUGGAGAUCCUGAUUUAAUAACUUUAUUUGGUGAGUCAGCUGGUGGAGGAAGUGUAAGCUUGCAUAUGCUGUCACCUGAGAUGAAAGGAUUAUUUAAAAGAGGAAUAUUACAAUCAGGCACUCUUAACGCACCCUGGAGUUGGAUGACUGGAGAAAGAGCGCAAGAUAUCGGAAAAGUUUUAGUUGAUGACUGCAAUUGUAACAGUAGCCUAUUAGUUGCUGAUCCAAGUCUAGUGAUGGAUUGUAUGCGUGGAGUAGAUGCUAAGACUAUUUCUGUCCAACAAUGGAAUUCUUAUACAGGUAUUCUAGGGUUCCCAUCAGCUCCAACUGUUGAUGGUAUAUUCCUGCCAAAAGAUCCAGACACAAUGAUGAAAGAGGGACAUUUUCAUAAUACUGAAGUUUUACUCGGAAGCAAUCAAGAUGAAGGAACAUAUUUUCUGCUUUACGACUUUCUCGAUUAUUUCGAAAAGGAUGGUCCGAGUUUUCUGCAGAGGGAAAAGUUCUUGGAAAUUAUAGACACGAUCUUUAAGGAAUUCUCCAAAAUCAAGAGAGAAGCCAUUGUUUUUCAG